GCCACCAGCUAGCUCGCGGAACAAAAGCCGUCUGGGUGCUCGGCUUCUCUUCGCCGGAUGCGACCGAGAAAACGCGUGCCUCUUCGUUUUUAGCUUCUAAGUUUGUUUUAAAGAAAUCCCCCAGUGUUAUACAUACACGUAUACAGUCUUAAAUACAAAUCUCGACACUUGCGGUAAGUGUUUUUGUCUGCGCUGGAGCUCCGAGGGAUUCUCGCGAGAGAGUCGGAGGCCUGAUAAAAGUCAUCCGGCUGACGUGGAUCCUCCUUCAGUCCUGCAGUGAUCCGGAAGACCAGUCCAGCUCAUUUCCUGACAAGGGUUUGGCUCCUGGGAUCUCUGUUCAGUAACAGGAGGAAAUAUUCACUUCCCAUCCACAUGCUCUUUUGAAACCGCAGUCUUCUCGGUUUCAGGAGAGAUCUUGUCAGUCUCCUGAAAGAGUUGCCGCCCACUCCGCUCUGGACGACUUCUCGCGUAUGGGACCGUGCCGUCUCUUCUGAUUGGCUGCUGCUCUCUGGUCCGUCCCGCUCAUGAGGUAACCCCGGCUGUGGUUGUUGAUGCCCGUGGCUGGGCCGUGAUGGGGCAGAGGGUGUCAGGUGUGGUGAAAUCUGCCGAUGAGCCGGAGACGAGCGAGCUGGCGUAUCCGCCGGUGUGUGCGUCGCUCCGUAGCCGCGGUAUCCCGUUACCCGCCCGUCUGGAGCUGCUGUUGGACAUGCCGCCGGCGGGACAGGAAAUCCAGCAUCAGCACGCCUGGAACCCAGACGACCGCUCGCUCAACCUCUUCAUCAAAGACGACGACCGGCUCACCUUCCACCGUCACCCGGUGGCCCAAAGCACGGACUGCGUGCGGGGGAAAGUAGGAUUUACCCGCGGUUUGCAUGCUUGGACUCUGCGCUGGCCUGUACGGCAGCGCGGCACACAUGCCAUAGUUGGGGUCGCGACUUCUUCGGCUCCCUUGCGAGCCGGUGGAUAUUCCGCGCUAGUCGGUAGCGAUGCUGAAUCCUGGGGUUGGGACUUGGGACGAGGUCGACUUUACCACGACAGGAAGAGCCGGACCGGCCCGGCGCCGGCGUACCCGGAGUUUAUCGAAGACGAGGAGGAUGAAGGGACGUUCUCGGUGCCAGAAGAGAUUCUGGUAGUUCUGGACAUGGACGAGGGAACGCUGGGAUUUUGCGCCGACGGGAAAUACUUGGGCGUAGCGUUUCGCGGGCUGAAAGGGAAGAGGCUGUACCCAAUCGUCAGCGCCGUGUGGGGUCACUGCGAGGUCACCAUGACCUAUGUCAACGGAUUAGACCCUGAACCUCUGCCCCUUAAGGAGCUGUGCAGAAGGGCGGCACGACAGGCUUUGGGACGCCACCGAAUCCAUCACAUCCAGUCUCUGCCACUGCCUCAGACGCUCAAGAACUACCUACAGUACCAAUGAGAGACGCACACAGCCAAAAAUCACCUGCAUUCACUGGAAAUGCACUCAGAAAUGAUCUGCAGGGCUGUAGAGGCUUUGUGCUGUGCACAGACUUUAAUGAAGUGUCGUAGGCAAGGACAGAUUCGACCAGCCGGACCACAAGUAUCUGGUUUUAUACAUGCUUAUGAUGUGACUAAUGAGAAGGUGUUUGCAUUUGUGAGUGAGAAUGACUCAAGUUCGUGUCUUCCAUGGAAAUCAUUUUAUUAAGAGCUGAUGAUUUUGCUUUUUCCUUCACUUUUAUCUAAACACAGAGGACCUAGUUUUCUGGACAUAAAUCCAACAUAAUUAUAUUAGACUAUUGCAUUAAAUUCCAGAAAAACUGGUUCUUAUUCUUUCACUAGUCUUAACUAACACACAUCCUCAGUGCCUGAGAUCUUUUAAAAUCUUUUUUCCGUUUAUUAUGAGUUUAUUAUUUGGUUUGUGAUCAUGACGAAGCUGAUUAAAUCAGUUUCAGGUGUUUUUAAGUGUAUAAACGCUGAUUUUUACAGAUUUGAUUUUUAUAUGAAAUGGAUGCUUGUCUUUUUCACGGAUCAAUCGGGAACCCGCAAGACAGCAGACGUGACAUUUGUUCUUUUGUGACCUUUGCAAUGUGAAUAAAAAUACAACUCCAAAUCCAAA